AAUGUCUGAAUUUCAUUCAGAUUCCAAAAUUGUCGAUAUUGAGCAACAUUUGCAAAAACUCUAUAUACUAAUCAAUAAAUUUCGUUGGCUAAUUGAUAUCUACAUAUCUGACUUUUUCACGGAAAAAUUAUGUGAGAGAGUCAAUAAAAGUUGGUGGGCAACAUUGACAUCCUUAAAAAGUGAAGAACUAUUAUCAUUGCUAUCGGAUGGUCAAUGGAAAAGCAGUAAAGUAUGGCCUCUUGGUUUAUUAGCGUAUCGAAGGGCAAUUCAUUCAUUAAGCCUUAAAAGAUAUAUUCCCGAGUCUGUGAAAUUUAAAGAUGGACAAUAUUUAAACUUGAAUCAAAUAUUUCGUAAACAUGUUAAGCCAAAGAAACAGCACGAAAUUCAUUCAGCUGCAAAGCUUAUAAACGAUAUUAGCCAAAAUGUUGGCUCGAACUCAUUAAUUGACUUUGGCGGUGGACAGGGUCACCUGUCUCGUUUAUUGUCUUAUCAAUACGGGUUGAAUGCCAUUACCAUAGAUGCCUGUUCAGAUCAUCAAGUUAAAAAUGAAAUAUUUGACAGGGAAAUUGAAAGAGUUCUCAGGAAUGACGUAAACGUUCAAAGGUGUCAUGUAAUUGAAACUAUCCAAACUGACACUAUUCCAAAUCAGUUUAUAGAUAAAAUAAAUCAAACGACUAUAAACCAAAAAGAUAAAAAUCAUCAAUUAUUAAAGAAUUUAGAUCAAAAUGAGCAAUUGGAUAAAAAAUUUACUUUUAUAACUUUGCAUGGAUGCGGUAAUUUAAUUCCGACAAUUUUAAGGCUUUAUUCAAAUUGUACAAGUGCCGUUGGUUUAGUAAAUGUUAGUUGUUGCUAUAUGAAAAUGGACGAGCUAACUAGUUUCCCAUUAAGUUCCUUUCUUCGAUCAAAGUCUGAUUCCAAUCUUUCGUGGGAAGCUAAAGAAUUAGCUUGUCAUUUCAUAGAUUCCUACAUGGAAAAGCUUAUGGAGAAUCAUCCAAAUUUGAAAUCUCAUUGCUAUAGAGCAGCAAUGCAAGAAGUACUAAAAGAAAAAGAUGAAACUUUCUGCAACAGUACUAUUAAGCUUAAAGUAAAGAAUAUCUAUGAAAUGAACUUUACAACAUAUGCCGAAAAAGUACUUGAAAAGUUAAAAUUUUCACCUGGGUUAACUGAAUAUCAGGAGGAAAGAUCUAAAGAAAGACUACUAAAAUGGUUCGACGUCGUGGUCUUAUACGUAUUACGAUUAGCAAUAGCUCCUGUGAUAGAAAGCGUUAUUUUAUUGGAUCGAUUAUUAUUCCUAAAGGAACAAGGUUUUAAAUCAUACAUUCAACCGAUCUUUGAUCCUUCAGUAUCUCCAAGGAAUUUUGCUCUGAUUUCUGAAAAAAUCUAA